GGCGCUUCGAACCGGCCGUGGCUCCGCCGCUGCUAUGGCGGCUGCACUGGCCUUAGCUGCCCUUCGAGUGACGCGACGUGUGACGGGGGCUGCCGCGCGGCUGCAGGUCCGAGAAGCUUCAGGGGUCUCUGGUGGGGAAGAAGUACUUAAAGCCCAGCAAGCAGCCCCUGGAGGAGCAGCCCCUACCAUCUUCUCCCGGAUCAUUGACAAAAGCAUUCCUGCUGACAUCCUUUAUGAAGACCAACAGUGUCUUGUCUUCCGAGAUGUGGCCCCUCAGGCCCCAGUGCAUCUUCUAGUCAUUCCCAAGAAGCCUAUUCCUCGGAUCAGCCAGGCUGAAGAGCAGGACAAACAGCUCCUGGGCCACCUACUACUUGUGGCUGCACAGACAGCAAAAGCUGAGGGUCUAGGAGAUGGAUACCGGUUAGUGAUCAACGAUGGGAAGCUGGGAGCCCAGACUGUGUAUCACCUGCACCUGCACAUACUCGGGGGCCGACAACUUCAGUGGCCACCAGGCUGACGCUGAACAGGAUGAGGGGUUGUGGGAAUCUGUGAUUGUUAAUAAACCUGGUGAGCCUUGACUUCUGA